GCAGGACAGAGACACGCUCGCUCUCACGGAGGACUCCUGCACACAAGCUUACACACAGAACUGCAAUAAUGCGCUCCAAGAGGCUGCAGGCAUCUCCGCCCUCCACCAGAAUGAACCUGCGCAGUUACAGGAGCACUGCUGUGGUCCCGAUGGAAACCUCCUCCUCGGACGACAGCUGUGACAGUUUUGGAUCUGAUGGUUUUGGGAACUCGAAGAGACCAACGAGACAGACGAGAAGCUCGACUCAGAUCGAGAAAGUGUUUAAAGUUCUACCUGUGACCGAGGAAGAGGACGCAUGCAGUGGUUUUGAGAGUGACCUGAACGAUGGCAUGACCGAAAUGAAAAUGGACUCAGACUCUGAAACUUGUUCGCCUCCCAGGAAAACUCGCAAAUCAUUCACACUCCGAGUAGCCAUGAAGUUCCCCAACAAACGGGCCAGUCCAUCGAAGCCAGUGACCCCCGAGUCCAAACCUAAAGCCAAAGUCCCCGAGUCUGACCCUGAGAGUGACAACUUCCUGAUGAAGAGAGCGCUGAACAUCAAAGAAAAUAAAGCGAUGCUUGCUAAACUAAUGGCAGAGCUGGAUAAGGUUCCUGGACUGUUUCCUGGGAAGGCUGCUUUGUCACAGGGCAAUACGCCUCGUCGAAUUCCUCGUCGUUCUUUUGACCCCAGCGCGGCUCGGCGGAGAGACCCGGACCGAUCGUCCCGUCCUCACACACGCUCCCGCUCGCUGGCUGGCGGACCUCCCUCCCCCGCUACACAGGAUGAUCCCGACGACAAAUACAGCCUGGUUCGCAAAAACAGAGCUUAUGACGACGAUGAUGAGGAGGAAGAGGUGAGUUUCUUGGCGUUAACUAAAUGCUUUAACUUUAAAUGCUAAUUUUUUUAUUUUUUUUUACAGUCACUUUUGAUCAA